CGGCAGACCCUCUCCCUCCGGUGUAUUACGGUACCCGCCGCCCUCUCCGGUGUAUUACGGUUGGGGGCUCUGCUUUGCGCCACCGCCCUCUCACUUUUUUCUCUUGGUACAAAUGGCUGAGCGCCGCGCCUUCGCCCAGAAAAUUAGCAGAACUGUGGCAGCAGAAGUAAGGAAACAGAUCUCUGGGCAGUAUGGCAGCUCUCCACAGCUGCUCAAAAACCUCAGCUUGGGGGCAAAUAUUUCUCACCAUUCAGUUCCAUUAACUGAGGCAGUAGAUCCAGUGGACUUUGAAGAUUAUGUGAUGAUGCACCCUCCCAUAAUUGAUCCAGGUCCCUUGAGGGACUUGUUGGAGUUUCCACAAGAUGAUAUUGAAGUCAUCUACAGCCCAAGAGAAUGCCGAACGCUGGUGCAAGCUGUACCCGAGGAAAGUGAUAUGGACCCUCAUGUAAGGGACUGUGUUAGAACCUACACUGAGGACUGGGCCAUCGUGAAUCGCAAGUAUCACAAACUCAGCACAGGAUUUAAUCCCAACACACUUGACAAACAGAAGGAAAGGCAAAAAGGUUUGCCAAAGCAGAUCUUUGAAUCAGAUGAAAUGCCAGACCCCAACAGUUACCAGGAUGAACAGGAUGAUUUGAAACGGCGUUCUGUAUCCAUAGACGAUACUCCUAGAGGUAGCUGGGCCUGCAGUAUUUUUGAUCUCAAGAAUUCGCUUCCUGAUGCUGUCCUUCCAAAUCUACUAGAUCGAUUCCCUAUUGAAGAAAUAGACCAACAAAAUGAAGAACAGAGGAAGGGAAAUCGACAUAAGGAACUAUUUGCACUUUAUCCAGCACCAGAUGAGGAUGAACCAAUAGAAAGACACACAGUCCCUGAAGUUCCCCGGGAGCACUUUGGUCAAAGGCUCCUUGUGAAAUGCUUAUCUUUGAAAUUUGAAAUUGAAAUUGAGCCAAUUUUUGCAAGCUUGGCCUUGUAUGAUGUCAGAGAAAAGAAAAAGAUUUCUGAAAACUUCUUCUUUGAUUUGAAUUCUGAACAAAUUAAAGGCAUGUUACGACCUCAUGUUCCUCCUGCAGCUAUUUCAACAUUGGCCCGAUCAGCAAUCUUUUCAAUCACUUAUCCAUGUCAAGAUGUUUUUUUAGUUAUAAAGUUGGAGAAAGUUUUGCAACAAGGGGAUAUUGGUGAAUGUGCAGAACCCUAUAUGAUCUUCAAAGAGUCUGAAACAGCAAAAAACAAAGAAAAGUUGGAGAAGCUAAAGAGCCAAGCAGAGUUGUUCUGUCAUAGACUGGGGAAAUACCGUAUGCCUUUUGCUUGGACUGCCAUACAUCUAAUGAACAUUGUUAACAGUGCAGGAAGCCUGGAGCGCGACAGCACAGACUCAGAGAUAGGAGCAGGAGAGCGGAAGGGUUCUUGGUCAGAAAGAAGAAAUUCUGGUCUUGUCGGGAGACGCUCUCUUGAACGAGUGACAUCAGGUGAUGACUCAUGCAACCUUUCAAGCUUCAGACCAGCUACGCUGACGGUCACAAACUUCUUCAAACAGGAGGGAGAUCGUCUUAGUGAUGAAGAUUUGUAUAAAUUCCUUGCAGACAUGAGAAGACCUUCAUCUGUUCUGAGGAGACUAAGACCAAUCACAGCCCAACUGAAAAUAGACAUUUCUCCAGCUCCAGAAAAUCCCCAUUAUUGUCUCACACCAGAGUUACUACAGGUCAAACCCUACCCAGAUACUCGAGUUAGACCAACGAAGGAUAUCCUGGAGUUUCCUUCGAGGGAUGUGUAUGUUCCGUACACCACGUACAGGAAUUUGCUGUACGUGUAUCCGCAGAGUCUUAAUUUUGCAAACCGUCAAGGAUCUGCUAGAAAUAUUACCGUGAAAGUCCAGUUUAUGUCUGGGGAAGAUCAGAACAAUGCAAUGCAGGUUAUUUUUGGAAAAUCAAGUUAUGCAGAGUUUACAAAAGAGUCAUAUACUGCAGUUAUAUAUCAUAACAGAUCCCCUGACUUUCAUGAAGAGAUUAAAAUCAAACUCCCUGCGUAUCUGACUGAUCACCAUCACUUGCUCUUCACCUUCUAUCACGUCAGCUGUCAGCAGAAGCAGAAUACACCCUUAGAAACCCCAGUUGGAUACACGUGGAUCCCAAUGCUGCAGAACGGACGUCUGAAAACGGGUCACUUAUGUCUUCCUGUGUCACUUGAGAAGCCUCCACAGUCUUAUUCAGUUUUAUCCCCAGAAGUACCAUUGCCUGGAAUGAAAUGGGUGGAUAACCACAAGGGAGUAUUCAAUGUAGAGGUGGUUGCUGUAUCUUCCAUUCACACCCAGGAUUCAUACCUCGACAAGUUCUUUUCACUGGUCCAUGCCCUGGAGGAGCAUGCUUUUCCCGUACGGAUUGGAGAUCUAAGAAUUCUGGAGAUCGACUUGGAGAAUGAGUUGAAGAGCAGUAUAGCAGGCCUUAGCUCAGCUCAGCUGGAGCCAGUUGUUCGAUUCCUGCAUCAGCUACUGGACAAACUUGUUUUGUUGGUUGUGAAGCCCCCAGUAAUUGCUGGACAGAUUGUAAACAUGGGACAGCCAUCUUUUGAAGCAAUGACAUCCAUUGUGAACAGAUUGCAUAAGAAUUUAGAAACAAGCCAGGACCAGCAUGGCAGAAACAAUUUGUUGGCAUCCUACAUUUACUAUGUUUUCCGUCUUCCAAGCACAGAGUCAACCCCUUCGUCACCAGGACCUGGUGGCUGUGUGUUAGGGGGAUCUAUGCAUUAUGCUACUAUGGCACGUUCAGUGGCACGGCUAGCCAGCCUGAGUCUCAGUCGAUCCAGAAGCCUCAGUAAUAGCAACCCUGACAUCUCCGGUACUCCAGCCUCACCAGAUGAUGAAGUUAGAACAAUUAUUGGCAGCAAGGGACUAGAUCGUUCCAAUUCCUGGGUUAAUGCUGGUGGCCCAACUGUCCCAUGGAGAAGUCCCCCCAGAUCAAGCACUGAAGUAAUGCAGGCUAUGGAUCGAAGUAAUCGCAUGUCAUCGCAUACCGAGAGUACAAGUUUCUUACAAACGUUAACGGGACGAUUGCCAACUAAGAAGCUAUUGCACGAGGAGCUGGCCUUGCAGUGGGUUGUGAGCAGUGGGGGUGUGCGUGAAUCUGCCAUCCAUCAAGCCUGGUUCUUCUUUGAGUUAAUGGUAAAAAGUAUGGUGCACCAUUUAUAUUUUUCUGACAAACUUGACAUCCCGAGGAAAGCGCGAUUCCCAGAGAGGUUCAUGGAUGACAUUGCUGCGCUGGUUAGCAUGAUUGCAGGUGAUAUCGUUACAAGAUUUCAGAAGGAUAUAGAAUUGAUUGAGAGACUAAACGUCAGUCUUGCAUUUUUUCUCAAUGACCUGUUUUCGGUGAUGGAUCGUGGCUUUGUCUUUUCACUUAUCAAAACCUAUUGGAAGCAGGUUUCCUCAAAACUUUAUGCAUUGCAGACACCAAGUAUGCUUGUAUCGCUGAGAUUAGACUUUCUACGGAUCGUCUGCAGUCAUGAACAUUACGUCACCCUGAAUUUGCCAUGCAGCCUCCUCACACCGCCUUCCUCUCCAUCUCCUUCUGUAUCUUCUGCAACUAGUCAGAGCUCUGGGUUUUCUACAAUUGUUCAAGACCAGAAGAUUGCAAAUAUGUUUGAGCUAUCGAUGCCAUUCCGCCAGCAGCAUUAUCUAGCAGGACUUGUGCUAACUGAGUUAGCACUUAUUCUAGACCCAGAGGCAGAAGGCUUGUUUGGAUUACACAAGAAGGUUGUCAGUGUUGUUCAUAACUUGCUGUCGAGUCAUGAUUCAGAUCCUCGGUAUGCUGAUCCGGAGGUGAAAGCUCGUGUGGCAAUGUUAUACUUGCCACUGAUUGGCAUAAUUAUGGAGACUGUACCACAGCUGUAUGAUUUCACAGAAUCCCAAAAUCAACGAGGACGCCCUAAUGUUGUAACUACAGAUGAUUAUGAGACCGAGAGUAGUAAUAUGAUCAAUCAAACUGUUGCCAUGGCAAUUGCAGGAGCAUCUGUCCCUCAACUUUCCCGACCGAGCAGUUUCCUGCUGGCAUCUGGGAGUGGACGGCAGUAUACAGCCUUCUCUGCAGAAUCAAGCCGCAGUUUGCUGAUUUGUCUUCUCUGGGUUUUGAAGAAUGCAGAUGGUGUGAUUUUGCAGAAGUGGUUUGCGGAUCUCUCUGUCCUUCAACUAAACCGCUUGUUGGACUUGAUGUAUCUUUGUGUGUCCUGUUAUGAGUACAAGGGCAAGAAAGCGUUUGAGCGAAUGAACAGCCUCACAUUCAAAAAAUCAAAAGACAUGAAAGCAAAACUUGAAGAAGCAAUUCUGGGAAGCAUUGGAGCCCGGCAGGAAAUGGUUCGACGCAGCAGAGGCCAGUUAGAGCGAAGUCCAUCUGGGAGUGCAUUUGGAAGUCAAGAAAAUCUGAGGUGGAGGAAAGAUAUGACCCACUGGCGCCAGAACAGUGAAAAGCUUGAUAAAAGCCAGAAAUCUAUCAGAUCGAGAGCUGAGUUGGAACAUGAAGCACUGAUUGAUGGUAACCUUGCAACAGAAGCAAACCUUAUUAUUUUGGAUACAUUGGAAAUAAUUGUUCAGACUGUUUCGGUGACUGAGUCGAAAGAGAGUGUGCUUGGAGGGGUGCUGAAGGUUCUUCUUCACACAAUGGCCUGUAACCAGAGUGCUCUUUACCUACAGCAUUGUUUUGCCACACAGAGAGCCUUGGUGUCCAAAUUUCCUGAGCUCCUUUUUGAAGAAGAAACGGAACAAUGUGCUGAUCUUUGCUUAAGGCUUUUGCGACAUUGCAGCAGCAGCAUUGGCACAAUCCGAGCACAUGCCAGUGCCUCACUCUACCUCCUCAUGAGGCAAAACUUUGAGAUUGGCAAUAAUUUUGCAAGGGUGAAGAUGCAAGUAACCAUGUCCCUUUCUUCGCUGGUUGGAACAUCACAAAAUUUUAAUGAAGAGUUCCUCAGGCGUUCUUUAAAAACAAUACUGACAUAUGCUGAGGAAGACUUGGAAUUGCGAGAAACAACCUUCCCUGAUCAGGUGCAGGAUCUAGUUUUCAAUCUGCACAUGAUCCUGUCAGACACCGUGAAAAUGAAAGAACACCAAGAAGAUCCAGAGAUGCUGAUUGAUCUCAUGUACAGGAUUGCUAAAGGAUACCAGACGUCACCAGAUCUACGUCUAACAUGGCUCCAAAACAUGGCUGGAAAGCACUCAGAGAAGAGUAAUCGUGCUGAAGCAGCACAGUGCCUGGUGCAUUCAGCAGCACUAGUAGCAGAAUACCUAAGUAUGCUGGAGGAUCGCAAGUACCUUCCUGUUGGGUGUGUGAGCUUUCAGAACAUCUCUUUUAAUGUUUUGGAGGAGUCUGCAGUUUCGGAUGAUGUACUUUCGCCAGAUGAGGAAGGAAUCUGCUCUGGAAAAUAUUUUACAGAAGCUGGUCUUGUAGGAUUGAUGGAACAAGCUGCAGACCUGUUUUCAAUGGCUGGAAUGUACGAAGCAGUUAAUGAAGUUUACAAAGUUCUAAUUCCAAUCCAUGAGGCCAAUCGUGAUGCAAAAAAACUUGCGACUAUUCAUGGUCGACUCCAAGAUGCAUUCAGCAAAAUAGUUCAUCAGGAUGGAAAGAGGAUGUUUGGUACCUAUUUUCGUGUUGGCUUCUAUGGAUCCAGGUUUGGUGAUCUGGAUGAACAAGAAUUUGUUUACAAGGAACCAGCCAUUACAAAACUGGCUGAAAUCUCACACCGGCUUGAGGCAUUUUAUGGCGAACGUUUUGGUGAGGAUGUUGUGGAAGUUAUCAAAGAUUCCAAUCCUGUGGACAAAUGCAAAUUGGAUCCAAAUAGGGCCUACAUUCAGAUAACUUACGUGGAACCAUAUUUUGACACCUAUGAAAUGAAGGACAGGAUUACCUAUUUUGACAAAAAUUAUAACCUCAGGCGUUUCAUGUAUUGCACACCAUUCACACUAGAUGGCCGAGCUCAUGGUGAUCUUCAUGAACAGUUCAAACGCAAAACAAUUCUGACGGUGUCACAUGCAUUUCCUUACAUUAAGACUAGGAUUAAUGUAAUCCACAAAGAGGAGGUCAUUUUAACACCAAUCGAAGUGGCCAUAGAAGAUAUGCAGAAAAAAACUCAAGAGCUGGCUUUUGCAACACAUCAAGAUCCAGCUGAUCCCAAGAUGCUUCAGAUGGUGUUGCAGGGCUCAGUAGGAACGACAGUUAAUCAAGGACCUUUAGAAGUUGCUCAAGUAUUUUUGUCCGAAAUUCCCAAUGAUCCCAAGCUAUUCCGACACCACAACAAGUUACGCUUAUGCUUCAAAGACUUCACCAAAAAAUGUGAAGAUGCACUACGGAAGAACAAGAGUUUAAUAGGUCCUGACCAGAAGGAAUAUCAACGUGAGCUUGAACGGAACUAUCAUCGACUCAAAGAAGCUCUUCAGCCUUUGAUAAACAGGAAAAUACCCCAACUUUAUAAAGCAGUUCUACCAAGCAGUUGCCACAGGGAUUCUUUCAGUCGACUAAGCCUUCGAAAAAUGGACAUCUGAAAAUGGACUUGACAUUUAUCUACAAUUGCAUGUGAAGGAACACAAUAAAAGCCUUUCCAUUUCAUCAUCAGGCAACAAACAUGGUAAUCAAAAGUACAUAAAAGGAACAAAUUCAUACCUCAAAUUUUUAUACAAGUGUGGAUAUUUUAAAUACACUACAUUUCUUUAAAUGUGAAGGCAAGGAUAAAUGUCAGCCGUGAUGGUACUAGUGAUUAUUUUGAUAAUGCUAUGGUUACAUUUGAUUGCACAAAGUCUCAGUAUUGUGCUGUUGUUUGUUUUGUCACGAGCAUUUACAAUUGUUCAAAUUCACUAACAGUCAUGUAUUUAUGUACCAUUAUAUAUUGUUAUCUCGUACUAUUUAUCAAGUUUGAACAAGAUCCCUUGUUAGGUUUUGUUGUGUAAUUGGCAAUUAUUUUCUAAAAAAAAGGUACGAUUAAAUAAUGAAAUUACUAAAUAUCUAGUACAUUGAUUUGCUUUGCUCCAGCCUGUUCAUUUUUUAUACAAGUGUUUUAUUACUGAGAGCUUCUGCUUAAUGAAGAGGAAUUAAGCCCACAUACUAUAUGCCUUGGUAAUAACCCAAGAUAGGAAUGUUUUAAAUAAACUAUCAAAUAUGAGUUCCGACACUUUACAGCUCUGGAUUAAUCCAAAAUUUUACUCCCUCAAAUUAACAAGUAUACAAUUCAGUGCAGUACUGUACCUGAAGAUCUCUCCAGGUUCAGCUAAUGUUCAAAAGUUGAUUUCACAUGAGACUACAAUGAUACUAAUGUCAAAGUAAAGUGAGAUAUAAUAGCAAUUUCCUACAAUUGAAUAACUCAUGGUUUAUAUUAGAAUGUGAAUACCUUUAGGAACGAAAAGUGAGAAAUAUAUAUUAGCCAGGGUUAUUGCAUGACUGCAGGAAUUGUGAACAAUAGAUUUGGAUUGGUGUUAAUACCUGCUCAUAGUCUAAUUAACACAAUUGGCAUGCAAUUGUACACUAAGUUAAUGAAUGUAUUAAAGAAAUUAUUUGUAAUACAUUA